AAGAAAGUAAAAGGAUGGUCAGAAAAAGAACAAGAAAAAGAAACAAACAAUAUAAAACCAAAGGAAGUAAAAGGAUGGUUAGAAAAAGAAAAAGAAAAAAUCAGUAUAAAAGAAAAGGAAGGAAAACUAGGGUCAGGUCCAGCCUCAGGGGCAGGUUUAGAGCCAUCUAAGAUUGAGUCGCCUCCUCAAUCAGUGAAUUCAGCAAAUGAUUCAAAACUUAGUAGUGCGACAAACAAAAAAGAAUUGUCAGUCAAAGCACCGUCCAAAGUAGUGAACGGUAGUGAUGGAAAAUCAGAUGCCAAACUGUUGAAAAUACCUCAAAUUGACAAACAAGUAGGAAAAUUGCCAAACAUUAGCACCAGUAGAGUUGCUGGGGAGCAAAAGCGAGUUCUGCUGAGCAAAGAAAAAGCUCUGUGUCCCCCCGUCCCGCCGAAGUUAGUGGGCUCUGUCAAAAUCUAUCGAUCAGUGCCAACCUUAGAGGAGCAAGAAAAGAGCAGGCCAGAGCUUGAACCUGGAGGUCGCUUUCGGCCAGCAGGGUGCCGUGCACGCCAUCGAGUUGCCAUUAUCAUUCCAUACAGAGACAGAGUCCAGCACUUAGCCAUGUUCAUAUACCACAUACAUCCUAUAUUACAGCGACAGCAGAUCGACUAUGCCAUCUAUGUGGUUGAGCAAGCAGGGAGUGGCAAGUUUAACAGAGCAAUGCUGAUGAACGUUGGUGCUCUCGAGGCCCUGAAACAAUAUCCGUAUGACUGUUUUAUAUUCCAUGAUGUCGAUUUGCUGCCAGAGGAUGACCGUAACUUAUACACUUGCCCAGAACAGCCAAGGCAUAUGUCCAUAGCUAUUGACAGUAUGGGAUAUAAACUGCCAUACAACGACAUCUUUGGAGGAGUGAGUGCCAUGACAGCUGACCAGUUUCGAACUGUCAAUGGCUUCAGCAACAAGUUUUGGGGUUGGGGUGGUGAGGACGAUGACAUGUCCAACAGAAUCAAAUUCCAUGGCUUUUUCAUCUCUCGGUACCCAGCAAAUAUUGGACGCUACACCAUGCUCUCCCACAAGAAGGAUGAACCAAACCCAAGACGAUAUCAUUAUCUGUAUGAUGGGAAGAAGAGAUUCAAAUCAGAUGGUCUGAAUAGCGUCAAAUACCGGACCUUGGACCUCCAGCUUCGUAGGUUAUAUACUUGGGUGUAUGUAGAUCUUUACCCCUCAUGAUUAAAUGUGUGUACGCAUAUGAGCAUUCAUGUGUGUGCAAGUUUGAUUGUUUAUGUAUGUGCCUUUGUUAUUGUUCAUCAGUGUGUUACUGCAUUUUUGAACACGAAGACUCUGUACUUGGAUCAGGAACUGUGAUAAUGUCGGAUAGUUUGAUAUAUAAGUCGGUUCAUCUCAUCUGUCACAAGUGUAGGAAAUCUCAUUGAAUUAAAUGUUUAGCACAUCAUUUGUCACCAGCAUCAACCAUUUAUAUUUAUUGACAAGAUGAUCAUUCUCAUGUGAGUAAGUGAGUCAUGAGUGCAAUUGAUUAAUUGUUUUAGAUAAUUUUUAUUGAGUAUUUAUUAAAGUGCUAGUGACUUUGUGUGUGUGUGUGUGUGUGUGUGU